AUGGUCAACUUUUUCCGCGCCGCUGCCGCCGGGCUGCUGGCCUUUGUCGGCGCCGCGCGCGCCGCGCCCGCCGACGUGGGCAACGAGUUCGCGGCCGGGUACCCGGGGUCGGUGCAGGUGCUGUCGACGAGCCCGCUCGCGAUCCGGUACUCGACGUCGCAACCCGACGACCGCAACUGGGUGGGCAUCUACGCGGCGGUCAACGGCGGCGGGCCGGACAACCAGCAGCUCGGCGCGCAGCCGUCGCUCAAGUGGGCGUACGCGGCGGGCCUCGACGGCACCGUCACGCUGCCCACCGACGGCCUGCCCGCCGGCGACUACAAGGCGUACUUUCUCACGCGCGACGGGUACGCCUGGAUGGGCGCGCCCGUGCAGUUUGCGCUCGGCAAGACGUUUGCCGGCGCCCUCAGCGUCACCGGCGGGUACCCGAUCCGCGUCCAGUACAACACGACCCAGCCCAGCGACGAGAACUGGGUCGGCCUGUACUUUGCCGCCGGCGGCGGGCCGGAUACCGGCGUCGUCGACGACCAGGCCGUGCGCUGGGCCUACGCCGGCGGCAGCCCCGGCGCGAUCGAGAUCCCCGCCGACGGCCUCGGCGACGGCGUGUACAAGGCGUUCCUGCUGCCCGCGAGCGGCUACCAGUCGCUCGCGCCGCCGCAAAUCUUCACGCAGGGCAACGCCGUCUUCAAGGGCGUCUUGGCUGUCGACUACGCCUCGAGCGUCUUUUCUAUCCGCUACACCACGCAGCGCCCGGCCGCCAAGAACUGGAUCGGCAUCUGGCGCCUCGGCGAGGGCCCCGACGGCCAGUCCGCUGUCGGCGCCGCGCUGGCCUGGGAGUACGUCGCCGAUGCGCGCGGCGUGAAAAAGGUCGACGGGAGCAACCUGCCUUCGGGCCAGUACCAGGCCUUUUUGCUCGCCAACGACGGAUACUCCUGGCUGGCGAGCCCCAUUGGCAUUCACAAAUAA